AUGGAUGUGUAUGAGAAUGGAGAGGACUGGGUCGUAGAAGAAGUCGACGAUGGAUUCUAUGAAGUUGUGGUUCCAACCGGAAUCACUGGCUGGCGAACUCAUGCCAAGCUUGUAGUUACAGAACGGUCAUCGUCUUGGGCCAAUGACGGUUGCAUGUUUGGGCUAUAUAGGCGUGGGACCCAUGACGUCCAAGAGAUUCCAAAUUGUGCUGUCCAUCACCCUGCUAUCAAUUUGGCUGUUCAAGAGCUUGAAAAGGCUACAGCAAAAGUAGGCACUGCUGCUUUUUCCAGAGAAUCAAGAGAAGGUGGACUGCGAUACGUCCAACUUCAAGUAGAACGCUGGACUGGAAAAGUUUCUCUAACUUUAGUAUGGGCUGCUUCCGAACUGAAAUAUGCUCAACCGGCUCUUUCACGUUUGACGAAGGAGCUAUCGAAAUCAAAUCCCGUCCUGUGGCAUAGCAUGUGGUGUCAUUGUAAUGAAAGUCCUGGUAACAAUAUUUUCACACGAAGUUCCAAGAAUUGGUACAAGUUAUCUGGCAACGAGUUUGUUCGAGAACCAAUAUCUGUCGGUGAAUAUGGCUGGCUGUACUUUACUCCACUUACUUUUCGGCAGGGGAACAUGGACGGCUUCGACAUACUUGCGAUCGAUGUAGCGAAGAGCAUCCCAGGAGGUAGCAAAGUUUGUGAGUUGUAUGCAGGUGUUGGGUUACUCGGCUUGACCUCUCUUGUGCACCACAGCCAACAGCCGAACGAGCCGUUAGUUUGGGUAAGAUGCAGUGACGAAAAUCCUGCAAACUUGCGUUCUUUCACACGGUCGCUUAGCUCAAUUCCUGCAAAUAUUGUUGAAUAUCAAAGCAGUGGAGGUGACAGCAAGAAAGAUGUUACACUUGGAGAAAUGAUGAAGAUGAUGGAAGAGGGAAAACAACUAGACAAUGAUCGGUCUGGGCAGAAAGCAAGCUACAUGGUUGCAAGUGCCGGAGUAGCGUUGAAAUCAGGACAGGCACUUGGCGCUGAUGUGCUGGUCGUUGAUCCACCGAGGAAAGGUCUAGAGGAGGAAGUUUUGAAAGAAUUGUGCAAACCUGUCAAUUCAAACCAGCCACAGGUUGAGUCACCAAAGGUAUUGACGAUACCUGAUGAAAUUGUGAAUUGGACUAAUGACGUUCAGACUCUUGUCUAUGUGAGCUGUGGGUUUGAUGCUUUGGUCUCUGAUUGUGAUCAGCUUUUAUCCAGUCAGGGUGGUUGGACAUUGGACCGAGCUACAGGAUACGUGCUCUUUCCGGGCAGCAACCACGUUGAGACUAUUUGCAUUUUCCAUAGACAAGAAUAA